AUGACUCACUCUCAUCAUCCCGACACGUUUGAGAUCUGCGGAGUUACCAUGGGCUCCACAGACGUUCUGCUCUACGUGAUAGCGUUCUUUGUUCCCCCUUUCCCAGUCUUAGUCAGAAAGGGCUUUUGGACUUCGGAGUUUUUGUUGUGCCUGAUUCUCAGCUUGAUAUUUCACUUGCCGGGAAUUGCCUAUUCGUGCUACAUAGUGUUUGACACCAGUGUCCUCACGGGCUCCCCGCAGGGCAUAGCCUCCAGAUUCAGACAUAUCAACCAGGGCUAUCAGAAUCUCGAUGCCGAGAAUGGCAACCAAGUUCCAGAGAGCCUGGAAUAUACUAAUUACGAAACCCGGAUUGUUUCGCCUUCUCCACAUGUUGUGAGCCCUCUUUUCCCGGAGAUUGAGGAGCAGGUGGAUGCUGAGCCUCCUAGUUACGAGAGCAGCACACUGGCUGCGGCGAGGCAUUUUGGAGAUAACAAGGUCCAGUCGCCGUGA